AUGUCCUGUGAUGCCCUGCAAGACUCGCUGCUCAGACAUCUGGCCAAAACUUCUUCCCCUUGCACUUUUUGGAAACUGAUAGAAGUCAUCCAGAAUUCGAAAGAGGUGCUGAGUUUAUUACAAGAGAAAAACCCUGCCUUUCAGCCAGUUCUCGCCAUCAUUCAGGCAGGCAAUGACAACUCAAUGCAGGAAAUCAACCAGAGUUUGGCUGAAGAGGCUGGUCUGAACAUCACCUACGUCUGCCUUCCUCCAGACUGUGGAGAAGAUGAGAUCAUAAGUGAAAUAUUGAAGAUUAAUGAGAACCCCACAAUUCACGGCCUUGCCCUUCAGAUCUCUGAGGACUCCAUUAGCAGCAAAGUCCUCAACGCCCUGAAACCGGAGAAAGACGUGGAUGGAGUGACAGACAUCAACCUGGGGAAGCUGGUCCGUGGAGACGCCCAUGAAUGCUUUGUGUCACCUGUCGCCAGAGCCACAAUCGAACUCGCUGAAAAGUCUGGUGUCACCUUGGAGGGGAAGAAGGUCUUGGUGAUCGGGGCUCCUGGGUCUUUGCAAGGUGCCCUGCAGUGCCUGUUCCAGAGAAAAGGCUCCAUGACCAUGAGCUCCCCGUGGGAGACACCUCAGCUGCAAACCAAGCUUGAGGAGGCUGACAUUGUAGUCUAUGGCUCACCUAAGCCGGAAGCCAUUCCCCUGAGUUGGAUCCAACCAGGAAGCACCGUUCUCAAUUGCUGCCCUGACUUCCUGUCAGGGAAGCUCAGCGGGGGUCCUUCCAGGGCUCACCACAGUGGACUCAUCGCAGAAGGUGAAGUGCAGCUCCUUGCUGCAGCUCUGCGAAUUCAGAACAUGGUGAGCUGUGGCAGGCGGUGGCUCCGAGAACAACAGCACAGGAGAUGGAGACUCCACUGCCUGAAACUGCAGCCUCUGUCCCCUGUUCCAAGUGAUAUUGAGAUUUCAAGAGGACAGACUCCAAAAGCCGUGGAUGUCCUUGCCAAGGAGAUAGGAUUGCUUGCAGAUGAAAUUGAAAUCUAUGGGAAAAGCAAAGCCAAAGUCCGACUGUCCCUGCUGGAAAGGCUGAAGGAUCAAGCGGAUGGAAAAUAUGUCUUAGUUGCUGGGAUCACACCCACACCCCUGGGAGAAGGGAAGAGCACAGUGACCGUGGGCCUGGUGCAGGCGCUCACCGCCCACCUCAGGGUCAACUCCUUUGCCUGCCUCAGGCAGCCUUCCCAAGGACCCACCUUCGGAGUCAAAGGGGGAGCGGCGGGUGGCGGAUACGCCCAGGUCAUCCCCAUGGAGGAGUUCAACCUUCAUUUGACCGGGGACAUCCAUGCCAUUACUGCCGCCAAUAAUUUACUAGCUGCUGCCAUUGACACCAGGAUUUUGCAUGAAAGCACUCAAACAGAUAAGGCUCUAUAUAAUCGGCUGGUUCCUUUAGUGAAUGGCGUCAGAAAAUUCUCAGAAAUUCAACUUGCUCGGCUGAAAAAACUGGGGAUAAGUAAGACGGAUCCUAGUACACUGACAGAAGAGGAAGUGAGUAAAUUUGCCAGACUCAACAUUGACCCGUCCACCAUCACGUGGCAGAGAGUAUUGGACACCAAUGACCGAUUUCUGCGAAAAAUAACGAUUGGCCAGGCAAGCACGGAAAAGGGAUGCUCCCGGCAGGCCCAGUUUGACAUCGCUGUGGCCAGCGAGAUCAUGGCGGUGCUGGCCCUGACAGACAGCCUCGCGGACAUGAAGGAGCGUCUAGGAAGAAUGGUCGUGGCCAGCGACAAAAAUGGGCAGCCUGUGACAGCAGAGGACUUGGGAGUGACAGGUGCUUUGACUGUUUUGAUGAAAGAUGCAAUAAAGCCCAAUCUGAUGCAGACCUUGGAAGGCACCCCUGUGUUCGUGCACGCUGGCCCCUUUGCUAACAUUGCUCAUGGCAACUCCUCAGUGUUGGCUGAUAAAAUCGCCCUGAAACUGGUCGGUGAGGAAGGAUUUGCCUGUCGCCGUCACGCUCAGUCCAUUUCUUGGGCUGGGGUGCAGCUCAGUGGUAGGGUGCUCGCCUGGAGUGGCGUGGAGGCUCUGGAAGAACCGCCGGGCUUCCUAAGCAGCUGCCUCACCCCUGUGUGGUUCCGCCUCCGUGCCCUGGAUGGUAACAGCCACCACCUUCCCAUUGUGGAAAAGAUAAGAACCAUCGCCCAAGCUGUCUACGGAGCUAAGGACAUUGAAAUAUCUCCUGAGGCACAAUCCAAAAUAGAUCGCUACACUCAACAGGGUUUUGGAAACUUGCCCAUCUGCAUGGCCAAGACGCACCUUUCUCUGUCUCACCAGCCGGAAAAAAAAGGGGUGCCAAGGGACUUCAUUCUGCCCAUCAGCGACGUGCGUGCCAGCAUCGGUGCGGGCUUCAUUUACCCUUUGGUGGGAACGAUGAGCACGAUGCCCGGACUGCCCACUCGGCCCUGCUUUUAUGACAUAGAUCUUGACACAGAAACAGAGCAAGUUCAAGGCUUGUUCUGACGGAACAACAGACGCACAGGACCCCACCCAGUCUACCCAGACACAAAUGGCUCCUUGCCUUCUUGCUGCCGUUGGAGAAGAGAGUGAACCUGCAAUUCACUGGAGAAAUGGGGAAAGAGGCCAAAGAUGUCUUCUUCAUUCAAGACAGAUUCUGUUUCUAGCCGAGUGUAGUAUUCACCAAAAGGACCUCCACCACGUCUGAAGGAAACUAAUUUAUUUUCUGUUUCUGCAGUUUACAUUAUUUCUUGCUGCUUAUACUUUACAAUGUUUAGUUUCUGAGGACUAAGGGAUUACAGAGUGUGAACUUGAAGGUAACAUUUUCCACUGCAGACUUGCCUAUUUCAUCUUCUUUUUAUUUUGUUUAAGUGCUGGGGGUGGAACUUGGGGCCUUGGCACACGCACUGGGCAAGUGCUC